UAUCAAUUAUUAAUUCUACUAUAUAAAAUGGGUGGAAAUAUAAAUUAUUGUGGCAAACUUGUUAAAUCAAAGAAGACCAGGGGCAAUGAGAUAUAAUCAGUGCAGUUUUGGCUGACCACCUCGCAAAUCCAUGUUAAUUUACAAGCACUAAGCUUCUUAUUCAAGUCUUAUUUUUCUUCUUCCCGGUUUUUCAACUUUAACAACCCAAGCCCAAAACCAUUCCCUGUUUCCCAGUCGGUUUCCGUCCCCAUUAAUCCACCGAUCUUAAUCAAUCUCCAACGAAAUCUCAUCAACGCUGUCGUUUAAAUCUCUAGUCGUCGAUCUAAAGCCUUUAGAAACGAAAGAGUCCUUCUCCGAUCACUUACCUUUGCAGCGUAAAUUUCAUCAGUUUUAGCUCAUCUCCCCCAUAAUUCACCACAAGCCCAAUUAUUUUUUGUUUUUUUUCAUUAAUUUUUACUCAAAUCCUAUUCAAUUUUUUUAUUUUCCUUUUCUUUUUAACCAAACAAUAAAAUUUGCUAUAAAUUCAACAAAUCUUGCGUCCGUUUUUUCUUUGCUUUGAAAUGACAUCGGGGACGAGGCUGCCGACAUGGAAAGAAAGAGAAAACAACAAGCGUAGAGAGCGGCGGAGGAGAGCAAUAGCGGCGAAGAUCUUCUCCGGACUUCGGAUGUAUGGUAACUAUAAGCUUCCGAAGCACUGCGAUAACAACGAAGUUCUCAAAGCUGUUUGUAACGAAGCCGGCUGGACUGUCGAACCCGAUGGCACUACUUAUCGUAAGGGUUGCAAACCUGUGGAGCGCAUGGAUAUAGUAGGUGGAUCUGCAACAGUGAGCCCCUGUUCAUCUUACCACCCAAGCCCUCGUGCUUCUUACAACCCAAGCCCUGCGUCAUCCUCCUUUCCAAGCCCAGCUUCAUCUUCAUAUGUGGUUAAUCCCAAUGGUGAUGGGAAUUCUCUUCUCCCAUGGCUCAAAAACCUAUCAUCUGCAUCCUCAUCAGCAUCCUCUUCCAAGCUUCCCCAUAUAUAUAUUCAUGGUGGUUCCAUCAGUGCUCCUGUCACCCCUCCAUUGAGCUCACCAACUGCCCGAACCCCACGAAUCAAAGCUGACUGGGAGGACCAGUCAGCUCUUCCAGGUUGGAGUGCACAACAGCAUUCUUUCCUGCCUUCUUCAACUCCACCUAGCCCUGGUCGUCAGAUUGUUCCUGAUCCAGAAUGGUUUGCUGGGCUCCGAAUCCCUUAUAGUGGGCCAACUUCUCCUACAUUUAGUCUCGUCUCCUCAAACCCCUUUGGCUUCAAGGAGGAAGUUUUAGCUAGUGGGGGAUCCCACAUGUGGACUCCGGGGCAAAGCGGGACAUGCUCUCCUGCAAUAGCUGCUGGAUUAGAUCAUACCGCUGAUGUUCCAAUGUCUGAAGUUAUUUCAGAUGAGUUUGCUUUUGGAAGCAAUGCAACAGGGCUAGUAAAGCCAUGGGAAGGAGAGAGGAUUCAUGAAGAAUGUGGAUCAGAUGACCUAGAGCUCACUCUUGGCAGUUCCAGGACUAGGUGAGUUUGUAAGCAUAUUGAAUAGAUAGCUUAUGCCCACUACAUUUUUACUUGUGUCACAUUGUCCUGCAGAUAGGGCUAUCUGUGUGAAAAAGUUCUGGUGUCCUCGUAUUAUGAACUUGAUUCCAUAUCUAUGCUCCCAGACAUAAGGAACAAAAAGGGAUCAAGGUGAGCAUGAGCAGUUGCUUUCUUGUUUUAGUUUUUAUUUAAUUUUUGAAAAUUUGCUUCCAAAAUAUAUAUAUAGUUAGUUCUUCCCGAGGUGGUUUCAUAGCCUCGCGACCAGACCUAGAUUUAAAUCUUAAUUUUGCUGAAAAGAACUGUCAUACUUGUAUGAUUGUUGUCUUGUCUUUAAGUUAGGUUUGCCAUUGGAAGAAAUGCCUCAAUGACUGGUCAAUUCUACUGUUUCUCAAUGGCCAAACCUUUUUUGUGAAAAUCAGGAUAGCUUGGACUUUUAUUACCAUUUCCUUUUGUACAUACUUGACAUUAUCAUGUUGUCAUGCUCCAAUAUCAAAGUCCACUUCUUUUGGUUUUUUAUUUGAUUAUUUUCAGUACUUUACUUUCUUGUUCUAUUGACAUAUUGGGGGGGGCCUAAUUCCCAACAGAUUUGUUUGGUUAGUGUUUUAAAGAAAGUAGCACAUUCGAGACGAGGACAAUUGUUGUGGACCAGACCACAAUGACUUUUGCUAAUGAAACUCUUGAAAUUUAGAUUGGGGCUACAGCCUAUAGGGUUCUUGACUUCAUGGUCUGUUGGCAUGAGGUUCAUCCAAAAUCAUUGGGGAAUAUGGCCCCCCAUUUCCCCUUUUCCACUUAGCAAAAUUCAGCCAAUGCUGUUUAAUCAAUGGAAAAUGUGGGGUGAAAAAUCCACUACCUGCUUGUCAUGUUGGUUCAACCAUCAAUUUUAGCAGCUGUUGCAGUUUUGGUAGUAUGCUGGUGAGCUUGACAUAAAUGGUUUUAGCAAACAAAAGAGUUGCGACCCAUACUCGAGUGUUAUGAUUUCUUAGUUUGGUUAAUUUUUCUUUUUCUUUUUUGGUUUCCAAUAUAACCAAAUAAAUUUGUCACAAUUGGUUUAUUAUGCGAUAUUGGUUAUUGGUAGCUCUGCCUAUCAAGCUGAUGAUGAUCUUUGCCAUAUUAUAGAGAAAAACAAGAGCAAUUUGAUUUUGAUCUUUUCAAAAUUUUAUGGGAUGAUGUCUAACUUCAUUAUUUUAUUAGGAAUAUCUCUGCGUUGUAAUAUUCCAAUCGUAAAAUAUGUCUUUCAAGAGCAAUGCAAUGGAGCUUUAACUUGCGAAUUGAAAUACUUAUAAAUAUAGAAUAUAGACUUAAUAAAUUACAUAUUUAAAAGAAAACCUAAUGAAUUACAGCAAUUUAAUUUGCAAUUUUAAUGUUUAAAUUUUAGAUUAAUCAUAAAAUUAUAACUUCUAUGAAAUUCAAAUGACUCUAGAAUACAUAUAAUGACAUAACACAAUAAAUCAAUUUAAACUAUGAAAAUAAACAUACAAGUAAUAUGAUCUUGAUGUAUAGAAUUAUUGAUAAGAUACGAUAAUUAAUUUA